AUGCAAUUUAAAUUAUUGUCAGCUUUAGUAGCAGGUCUUGCCACUGCCAAUGCCAUUGGUGACCUUGCAUUCAACUUGGGUGUCAAGGAUAACUCGGGAAACUGUAAAACUGUUGAUGAAUUCAAAUCCGAUUUGGAAACAAUCAAAGGUUCAUCUUCAAUCAUCAAAACCUAUGCAGUCUCCGAUUGCAACACUUUGCAAAACUUGGGUCCAGCAGCUGAAGCUGAAGGUUUUCAAAUCAUGUUGGGUAUUUGGCCAACCGAUGAUGCUCAUUUCCAAGCAGAGAAGUCAGCAUUGCAACAAUACUUGACCCAAAUCUCAACCUCAACAAUCAAGAUUUUCCUUGUUGGUUCAGAAGCCCUUUACAGAAACGACUUGACUGCUGAUCAAUUGUCUGAGAAAAUCAAUGAAAUCAAGGACCUUGUUAAAGGAAUCAAGGACAAGAAUGGAAACUCGUAUGAAGGUGUUCCAGUAGGAACUGUUGAUUCAUGGAAUGUCUUGGUUGAUGGUGGAUCCAAGCCAGCUAUCCAAACCGCAGAUGUUGUCUAUGCAAACGCCUUCUCUUACUGGCAAGGACAAACCAACCAAAAUGCUUCAUACUCCUUCUUUGAUGACAUCAUGCAAGCAUUGCAAACCAUCCAAACUGUUAAAGGAUCCACCGACAUCGAAUUCUGGGUUGGCGAAACCGGAUGGCCAACUGACGGAUCAAACUUUGAAAGCUCUCAACCAGGUGUCGAAAACGCCAAAAACUUUUGGCAAAACGCCAUCUGUGCCAUGAGAGGCUGGGGUGUCAAUGUUGCUGUAUUCGAGGCUAUUGAUGAAGCUUGGAAGCCAGACACUUCAGGCAUUUCCGAUGUUGAAAAGCACUGGGGUGUUUGGGAUGCCAACAACAAGUUGAAUCUCCUAUCCCAAACAUCAACAAAACAUGUCAAAUUCCAACCACCAAACAUUCACGGCACAUGGCAAACACAAAGUCAAUCAGUUAUAACCGGCCCACAAUUUUUCCAACCCGGUAUCGAAUACCUAAUUGAACCCCAAGUGCCGGGAAUCUCGUAUUCUUUUGACAUGGCGACAAUGACGUAUGAAACUGCGCAGUAUCUCGUGUUUGCCAAUGCGCGGAACCAUUCUUGUCCUUCUGCGCAGUUGGUUUGGCAUCAUGGUAAGUUUAGAAUCGAGCCUCAUAAGGAGCAAAAGACCCAAAAGACCCAAAAGACGCAAAGGAAGCAAAGGAAGCAAGAGUCCAAAAGUAAGCUAUCUCAUGGUAGUGGUAGUGUGAAUGGGAGGCAUGGGAAUGGUAGUAACAAAGAUACCCCUGAUAACGACGUUGCUCAAUUCACCAUUUUUCUCGAGUCCAUCCAGCAUGACUCUCGUCAAUUAAUCAGCGACCCAUGCUUAGACGAAGGAACGCUGACUUAUCAAAGAUACAAGGGCGAUGAUAAACAAGUGUGGAGUGGUGUGUGCCAGUACGAUGAAUACAUUGGCAAGUGGAGUUUGAUUUUGUAUGAUGAGUUUGGCUUGAGUGGACGCAAGAUUUGGAUGUGGUUGAGGUCAAGAGAUGUUGAGAUGUUGCCGAGGGGUAGAGUUACCAAGAAGAAGAAGGUUUAUGUUGAUUCGUGA